AUGGAGGAUGGAACGCAGGCCUGCAGUAGCCCCAGUGAUGAAAUUGGCGUGGGCUGCCAGGAAACCUGCGCCAGAUCUCGGGGCUUUGGGCCUGCUGAGCUCUGCCUCGCCAGCUCCUCCCGCAAAUUCACAGACAAGCAUGAAUGGGUAUCAGUUGAAAAUGGCAUUGGAACAGUAGGAAUCAGCCAUUUUGCACAGGAAGCAUUAGGAGAUGUUGUUUACUGUAGUCUUCCAGAAACUGGGACAAAAUUGAGUAAAGAUGAUGAGUUUGGAGCUUUGGAAAGUGUGAAAGCUGCUAGUGAACUCUACUCUCCUCUCUCUGGAGAAGUCACCGAGAUUAAUGGUGCCCUUGCAGAGAAUCCAGGACUUGUCAAUAAAUCUUGUUAUCAAGAUGGUUGGCUUAUCAAGAUGACU